AUGGCCGACCUCCUCUCUUACCUCCCCCCCUUCGAGGGCCUCCUGCCCAAGUGGCUAUUCCUCGUCUCCGUAAUCUCAACCGCAAACAGCCUCCAAGCCUACCGCUCCCCCUCCUACGCAGCCCAGCUCUACAACGCCAAAACCCCCUCUGGCCAAUCCCACACCAACGCCCUCGCCUCCCGCACCUUCGGCACCUGGACCUUCCUCUCCUCGAUUGUCCGCGGAUACGCGGCGUACAACAUUACGACGCCGGUGGCUUACGAUCUGGCGGCGUGGAGCUUUGGGAUUGCGCUGAUGCAUUUUGUGGGGGAGUGGUUGGGGUUUGGGAGUGCGGAGCUUAGGGGGAGGUUUGUUGCGCCGUUGAUUGUGGCCAGUUCGAGUUUGGUGUGGAUGUUGACGCAGAGGGAGGGGUAUCUUGCUGCUUAA